AUGAUAGCACGUCAAAGAUGUUUUCAACAUUUUACGAGGGGAAAAACUAUGAAUAUUCUGUCUUUCCCUCGCUUGAUCAUGGUUUUUAUCUUAGAAUCAAAUGCUCUUUUCUCUUCAAUAGAUUUUACACUUAGAAAGCUUCGAAUAGCUCAAAAAUUUCAAGUGGUAAAAAUAAAAACAAAAAAUUUAGAACAUAAUUUUGAAGCUUCUGGUGAUGUCAUGUUAUUUAACUAUCUUAUACGAUCCAAAAAUUGA